CCGGUGGGUUGCUCAAUCAAUGGGACAUUAAGUACUCUGGAUUCUUCACAUAUUAGCUGCAUGUGCAGGUUCCAUCUCUACAGGACCGUUCCGAACCGAUCGCACCAUGUCAGACCCCUGGAAAGAAUGUAUGGACUACUGCCUUGAGGUGACCAAGGAGGCAGGAAAGAUGAUUCGUGAUGCUCUGCAGCGAGACAUCUCUAUCAUGCAGAAGAGUUCCCCUGUGGACCUUGUCACAGAGACAGACCAGAAAGUAGAGGAGCUCAUAAUAUCGUCUAUCAGGAAGAAGUACCCCACUCACAGUUUUAUAGGUGAGGAAUCAGUGGCAGCGGGAGCCGCCAGUGUUCUGACAGAAAACCCCACCUGGAUUAUUGACCCCAUCGAUGGGACCACCAACUUUGUUCAUAGGUUUCCCUUUGUCUGUGUGUCUAUUGGGUUUACUGUGAACAAAGAGAUAGAGUUUGGGAUCGUGUACAGCUGCAUCGAGGAGAAGAUGUACACUGCUCGUCGAGGGAAAGGAGCAUUCUGCAACGGAGUUCCUAUUAAAGUGUCUGGCCAAGAAGAUAUCUCCAAGUCCCUAGUGCUGACAGAGACGGGUUUCAAAAAGGACCCAGAACAUUUCAGAACCAUGAUGGCUAACAUGGAGUCCAUCCUUACCAUCCCUGUGCACGGGAUACGUUCUCCGGGCAGCGCGGCGGUGAACAUGUGUCUGGUGGCAUGCGGGGCAGCCGACGCCUACUAUCACAUGGGCAUCCACUGCUGGGAUAUGGCGGGUGGGGCAGCUAUCGUCAGAGAAGCAGGGGGGGUCAUCAUGGAUGUCAGCGGAGGGCCAUUUGACCUGAUGUCCCGAAGACUGAUUACUGCAAGCAGCAGAGCGAUCGCCGACUGCAUCGCUAAGAAAAUCCAGCCCUUCCCAUGUGGAAGAGAUGAUGCAGAGAACUAA